AUGCCUCAAUCACGCCUUUUCAAGCCCUUUAAGAUCGGCGACAUUGAAGUAAAACAUCGCAUCGGAAUGGCGCCACUCACUCGCUUCCGAGCAACCGAAGAUCGAGUGCCAACAUCUCUCAUGAAGGAAUACUACGGCCAACGGGCCGCAGUGCCAGGUACCUUGAUCCUCACCGAGGGAACAUUCAUCUCAGCAACCUGUGGCGGAUUCGCACACGCACCAGGACUUUGGCGUGAGGACCAAGUCGCCGCCUGGAGAAACAUCACUGAUGAAGUUCAUCGCAAAGGAUGUUUCAUAUUCUGUCAACUAUUUGCCAUGGGCCGCGCUGCGGAUAUCGAUGUAGCACGGAAAGAAGGCGUCGAAAUUGUAGCGCCCAGUGCUAUUCCCAUGGGAGAAGACGCUGUAGUGCCUAGGGCCAUGACUACCGACGAGAUCAAACGGACAAUCCAAGAUCAUGUCGAUGCUUCGAAGAAUGCUAUUCGGGCUGGCUUUGACGGAGUCGAGGUCCAUGGCGCAAAUGGAUAUUUGCUCGACCAAUUCAUCCAAGACGUCAGCAAUCAUCGUGACGAUGAGUACGGUGGAAAUGUGGAGAAUAGAUCUCGCCUUCUCGAUGAGGUGGUUAAAGCUGUUGCUAAUGCCAUCGGUCCUGAGCGUGUCGGGCUUCGACUGAGCCCCUGGAGUACGUUCCAGGGUAUGAAAAUGCAGAAUCCGGUCCCGCAGUUCACGGAUGUGAUCAACAAAGCUAGACAGGCGGAUAUUGCAUAUCUUCACCUCGUCGAGUCGCGUAUCUCCGGCUCCCAGGAUUAUAAUGGCCAUGAAACACUGGAUUUUGCAUACGAUCUAUGGAACAGACCUUUUCUGAUUGCUGGUGGGUAUACAUCACAUGAGGCCCAGAAGUUGGUGGAUGAGAAGUAUCCGGACAAGGAAAUCAUCGUCAUCUUUGGCCGGCAAUUCCUUUCCAAUCCGGAUCUCAUAUUUAGGAUUAGGAAGGGUCUGGAGCUCAAUGCGUACAACAGAGAUACUUUUUAUGCCAUUGAGUCAGCAGUGGGUUAUUUGGAUUACCCAUUCAGCAAGGAGUACCUUGCCAGCGGGACAAAUGUCUAG